AAAGUGAAUCAUUUUUUUGUCUUUUUUCCAAUGCCCCCAUCCCUUUAAAUUUAAAUUUGCAGCACUAUUCUGAUCCAAACAAACACUUUGUAAUAUACACAUAGAUGCCUACAUAUUAAAUUGUCUCUCCCAAUUAAUGCCUAAAAUUCCUUAUCCUUUUGCCUUUUCUACCCAUUCCCAUUUAGUCAUUUCAAAAUUUAUUACUAGCAACAUAGAAUUAUGUCAAAACAACUUGGACAAUUCCUUCAAGAACAACAAGAACCAUUUACCUUACAAAUCUAUCUUCUUGAAAGAGGUCAAUUUAAAAACAAACAUCUUAUUUCGGAUCGCGACUUUCGAUGUUGUUCUACAAAUUCUAGUACUUAUUUGUUCUUGAAGAGAUCAGCUAGUUGUGGUGCAAAGAAGAGAAGGAAACAGAUUCUUAAUUGUUCAAAGAUUGUGAAAUCUAUGUUUAACAAACUUGUUACAUUUAGAGAUAGUCAAAAAAUCAAGAAUUUGGCAAAUGAUCAAGAACACAACAAUUCUACAAGCAAAAAUAGUAAUGUUAUUGCAAAUGAUGAGAAAAUUUCUUCAAUAAGUAGUAGGAGUACUGUGUUCAAUUCUUGUUAUGAUUCUAGUGGUGCAGAUGACAACUUUCUACAUGAGAAACAGGUUUUUGAAGAGAGAAGAAAGUUAAGAGUGGAAUUUCUUGAACAAAGUAAACAACUCAGCCCUGUGUCAGUUCUAGAAGAAACUGAAUCUUCUGAUGAUGAUGAUUCUCCACAUGUCAAAAAACAAGAAUGUGUCAAGGCAAAGAAACAAGAGGAAUUUCCAAGUCCAUCAGUUUCAAAUUCAGGUGAAACAAGUCCUGAGUCUCAGUACAUUAAGAACAAGAAAGCAAUACAAGAAUCAAGACAACUCCUUUUUGAUUGUGUUAAAGAAGUGGUGGAAAAUCAAAAAUGUAAAGAAGAAGAAUUUCAAAGAAUUUUAGGAGCUGAACAACUAUGGGAACUUCUAUUACAAAAUAUUUGGUUAUGGAGCCAACAAUCCAUAAAUGAAACUAAUAUCAAACAAUUAAUGAUUUCUAAUAUGUUGAGUUCUUUUGAAGAGUCAAGUGGAUUUGAGGAAAAAAGGGAAAUAGGUAAGGUGAUUGGUGAUUUAAUUUUUGUUGAUAUUAGUAAUGAGAUUGUAUUAGAUAUGUUGAAUUAUUCUUCUUUAAGAUGAAUUUGUAGAAUUUAGAAAAAAAAAUGAAGUUAAAAUCAUAUAAGUUUUUAUAAUAAGUGUCUUUGUCUAUUUUUUGUUAGUA